GGACAGGAGCGAGUCAUCAACACCGCCUUGUAGAUCUAUGCUUCAUUUUCUAGUACUUAUAUCGUCUGUCUCUGCUCGUUACCUAGCCUUGUUAUUCAUAAAUUCACGCCGUCAUUCCUUAUUCUCAAAAAAGUCUUUGCAACCAUUGCCUUCUCCUAAUAUAUACUCAAAUAUAAGCCAUGUUCAAACCAGGUAAAGAUCGAGAACGUCGGUAUCAGAAUCGGUCACAGGUUGAAAUCAACGAAGCCGACGUUUUUACGUCAAAGACCUCCACGGUGCCAAAUCAUGAUUAUCACACAGCUGAGAUGCCUCAUCAAAACCGCCUAGAUCAAAUGCCAGGAAGCUUUCAAACUACCCAAGAUCCCACAUUUUACGCUUACCGAGCACCACAAGAAAAUGUUGGCACUAGCGCUCGUUCUGCAACGCCUGGUUAUUUUAAUAGCAACGUUGGGGGGCCUUCAUACCUAGAACAAACCCCUCCAACACCGCCGUCUUCGGCGCGUAAGAAAUCUUUGAGUGAUAGGAAACCUGUUCAUGUAUCACAAAACCCAGAAGUCACAUUCAAUCGCCCCUCGUUCGAGGUUCCAGACACACCGAGCCCUUCACCCUCUGCUGCCACAAGGUCGAGCAACCACGAGGCGUUAUUUGGUAAUCCAUCUACCCCGAAGAUACCCCCAGCCCGUACCUUAAGGCCGUCGGUAAGAAGAGGAGACGAAGGCUUGGCGUGGGAGAAGAUCAUUAGCGACCUUUCACUCCAUGACGAGAAAGAGAAUCAGUUCCUCGAUCUGGUGGAUGAGAUGCGCAAACACGGACUGGAGCGUGAACUGAGCUUACCUCGUUUGGUAGUGUGUGGUAAACAAUCUUCAGGGAAAAGCUCUGUAUUAGAAGCUAUCACGAGGCUACCAUUUCCAAGAGGUGACACCACCUGUACACGCUUUGUGACAGAAAUUCGAAUGAUUCGCGACGCUGAACUUUCAAGCACCACUGUCUCAGUAACAAUUCGGCCAGGUUUGAAUAGAAAUGAGAUUGACGCCCAGGUCCUGAAAAAAUUUGACGAAACGUGUACACCGGAUGGAUUUGAAGCUCUUUUCACCAGAGCUGCUAGUGCGAUGGGAAUUCUCGAAGACGAAAUGGAUGAAAUGUUUCAAUUUUCUCAAGAUACUCUGUGCGUCGAAAUCAAAGGCCCACAUUGCCAACGUAUCUCGCUAGUUGAUUUGCCUGGGUUAAUUAGUGCAAACAAGGGAAAGAAAGAUGACAUUAAGAUGGUGGAAUCCAUUACGGAUUCAUAUAUCAAAGAUGAAAGAACUAUAAUACUCGCUGUCGUCAACGCAGAAGGCAACGUGAAUGACCACAGCAUCCUUGAAAAAGCACGGCUCGUUGAUCCCAACGGCGAGAGGACAUUCGGAAUCAUCACAAAGCCUGACAGACUAGAAGCCGGUUUGGAAAAUGAGACCGACUGGUUAAACCUGGCUUUCCAAAACGAUAACGCGUUCUUUAAAUUUGGAAAAGGAUGCCACGUAAUGGUCAAUCGAAACGGGCAUGACACCAAAGAACGAACGCCGUCCGACGCCAGAGAUCUCAAUGAAGAGGAAUUUUUCCAGUCCGAAAAGUGGGGACCGAACUCUGGAAGAAAUGCAGGAAAAAUCAAUCGUUGGCACGAACUCUUUCGUACACGUAACUGGGGGGUAAAGAAUCUGCGGCCGCGUUUGACCCAAUUGCUAUUUCUCCAUACCCGAAAGCAGAUUUCGACUAUUCGGAGGGAUAUCAACAAACGUAUAGCUGAAUAUAAUGCCGAAAUAAAUCGUCUCAGCUUGGGUAUUCUUGAUCAGAAGGAGCUUCGCAAGGUCCUUUCAAAGAAAAGCGGCAAUAUGUUAACCACAACUGUCCAAGGUGUUGACGGUACCAAUCGCGAUGCCGAGUUCUUCGGGGUCGACCAAUUCGAGUCAAACAAUGGACCUGCUCGAUAUCUCCGUGGAAGGAUCCGCACGGAAAGCGAAUUUUUUAAUCAGACAAUGAAUCUGAAAGGUCACAGAAAAGGCUAUGCUUGGGGACCGGACGAACCAACGCCCAAAGAAUUCCCAGAAGUUGAUAAGUUUCACCAUUUCUUGAAAGAGUCACUUGGUACAGAACUUCCUGGAAAUUUCGAUCCGCAAAGGACAACACUUCUCUUCAUUCAUUAUUCCAAACCGUGGCAGAAUAUUGCGCAAGACUAUUUGGAUCGUGCAUACAAUCACGCCAGGGAGUUUGUCAAAAUUGUCGUGUCCGAAAAGCUCGGGAAGGAUUUGCCGGAAAUAGCGAUCAAGCUUCGGCAAUAUGUUCUCGAAGAUCGUCUUGAGGAACUCAAAAAGCAAGCAGAUGCUCAGCUCAGAGAGAUUGAGCAGGAUCGUCAAGGUAAUGUUAUCACUGAAGAUAUGCGGUUUCUGAUGGAGUCUUCCAAACGCUUCACGAUUCGACUUUCUCGACGAGUCGAGAAAACGUCAAAAGAUAGUAAUUCCCCGACUCCUGAAGUCGUGAAUGUGAUUUCACUUGAAGAACCCGAGAGCAAGCGGCAAGAAGCUGCACUGCAAAUGAUUGAGGAGAUGUUGAUAUACUACCGAAUUGCGCGAGCCAGAUAUAUCGACAAUGUUAUUAUUCAAGUUGUGGAACGCUGUCUUCUUUCCAAAUUGCGUAAUCUCUUCGAGCAGGAUUGGAUGGAGGACGAGAACGUGUACAGGCGUGUCACACACGAUCCUGGCUCCGAUGACCGCCGGCGUAAGAAAGAAGCUGCAGAGGAGAGACGUAAGAGUCUCAGGGACUGUUUAAUACGACUUGAAAGUCUGGAUACUUAGGACGAGUCGUGUGACUUAGAAGUUUCGGGACUAUAAUAGUUUGUUGGGCCUACAUGUUUCACAAUCAGUUGAUUAAGAUCUCAUCAGCGAACUUAUCCGUGUUGCUCAAAUUAUCGUCAAAGACCAGCAAUCAAAGUCACACUCAUUACGAUAUUGCUUCUUCUUGAGAAUUGAAAACAAAUUUAUCUGAAGUCUAAUACUCUCCUACAAUAAUCGCGCGCAC